AUGCCAUUACUUCCAAGUCCAAUACCUCCACCGGUUUUUGAUUCUGAUGAAUCUGAUGUAGCUAGUCAACAAUCAACUGAUAGUAGUAGUUAUUUAUCAUCUCAAUUUACCCAACAUACACGUCUAUCCUAUUCACCAAAAUAUAUUCUAAAUCAACAAUUAUCAAUACAUUUUGAUGAUUCAUUAAGUAAUCAAGAUGAUUCAUCAUUAAAUUUCGACUCAAUAUUAUCAACUAAACCAAUUUAUAAGAAUAAAAAACGUAAACGAAGUCAUGAUAAAUCGGAAGAAAAAUCACUUCAUACACCUAAUCAAUCACCAUAUACACGACGUAAAAAUCUUAGUUAUGUACAAGAAAAUACAUUUCAAUCACCUAAAAUUCAACGUCGAAGUCGUCAAUGUGAUGAAUCAAUACAUAUUCCAACAACAACAACAUUUUCUAAUCUUAUUAAUAUUAAUCCAUUUGUUAAACAUCGUUAUCAUACACGUCUUGUUGCUAAACGUCAAUCACUUAUUUCAUUAUCAAUUCAACGAUUUGAACAAGAAUUUCAUCAUGAUUCAUUUCUUGGUCAUGGUGAAUUUUCUCAUGUUUAUUUAUGUACUAAUCGUCUUGAUGGUUUAAAUUAUGCGAUAAAAACAUCGAAACAAUCAAUUAUUGGUACUAGUUAUGAACAAAUAGCAUGGCGUGAAAUAUGUGCAUAUGCAAUAUUAACAUCACAUGAAAAUUUAGUUCGUUAUUAUUCCGCAUGGAUUGAAUUAGAUGGAAGAUUUUUUAUUCAAUUAGAAUAUUGUAAUGGUGGUUCAUUAGAAGAUUUAAUUGAAAAAAAUCGACAAAUUAAUGAACAAGAAUUAGUAAAUAUUUUACAUCAAUUAUCAGAUGUCUUAUCUUUCCUACAUGGAAAAGAUUUAGCACAUUUAGAUAUCAAACCAUCAAAUAUAAUGAUAUGUCAAUAUUCAGAAAAUAAUAUACGUUAUAAAUUAACUGAUUUAGGACAUAUUAGUCAAAUAAGUUCAUGUACAAUUGAUGAAGAUGGUGAUAGUCGAUAUUUAGCAUUAGAAAGUUUACAAAAAUCACAUACAAAGAAAAUUCAAUUAGAUAAAUGUGAUAUAUUUUCAUUAGGAUUAACAUUAUAUGUAUGCGCAACAAAUUAUAAUUUACCUAAACAAGGUAAUGAAUGGCAACAACUUAGAUUAAAUAUUACGCAAUAUUUACAUUCAAUUACACAUUGUUCAAAACAAUUUAAUGAUUUAUUACUUGAACGUAUGUGUAAUAUUGAUCCUAAUCAACGACCAUCAGCAUAUGAUUUAUUACUUGAUCCUACUGUCAAUCCAAUCGAACCAACAAGUCGAGAAUCUCUUCGACAUAGUUUAAAACAAGAACGUGAAAAGAAUUUAUUAUUAAAUAAGAAAUUACUUGAUCAUUAUCUUUUCUCAAAUUCUUAUGAUGUACAAAUGUUACCUAAUGAUAUACAAUUUCAACAAGGAUUUCUUUCGCCAUUACAAUCAAUACUUGUUCCACAGGAACAAAAUGUAUCGACACCUAAUAAUCAUUCGCGAAUAUUAUUAAUUAAUUCACCAAAUACACCAAUGUGUUGUACAAAUAUGAAUAAUCAAACAUUAAUAUCUCCUGGACAUUGUGGUUCAUUUGCAAUGAAACAAAUUAAAUUAACCGGUUCAAAUAUGUUUCGUCAUUACUCCAGUAUUAUUUAA